UCGCAUUUACGAAAAGCAGAGCACGGCGACUCUUAUCAAUUUCCCAAGUAUAAGGCCCCUCCGCCUCGACGGGUUCUCUCCCUUCCAUUUCUUCAAACCCUAUCGAAUUAGGGUUCGCUAGAUCUCUUUAGUUUACAAUGAUGCAACAACCCGGAGGAGCUGUCCCGCCGCAAAUGGCAAUGGAUCAGCAACAUCAGCACCAGCAACACCAGUACCCGCCUCAGCAAUGGAUGAUGAUGCCGCCGCAAGCUCCUCAACCCUGGGCGCAACAACUACCAUUCCAACAGCAGCAGCAGUACGGUGCCGCGCCAGCAAACGUUUCUGCUCCUGCAGUGGCAUCUGGUGGAUCCGACGAGCUUCGGUCGCUGUGGAUCGGGGACCUUCAAUACUGGAUGGACGAGAAUUAUCUCACCACUUGCUUCUACCAUACUGGCGAGCUCGUAUCUGCAAAGGUAAUCCGUAACAAGCAAACUGGUCAGUCUGAGCAUUACGGGUUUCUGGAAUUCAGAACUCAUGCUGCUGCUGAAAAUAUUUUACAAACCUACAAUGGCGCGCUGAUGCCAAAUGCUGAGCAAACUUUCCGACUGAAUUGGGCUUCUCCUGGCGCUGGUCAAAGGCGCACAGAUGAUACUCCUGACUACACUAUAUUUGUUGGAGAUUUAGCUCCUGACGUUACAGAUUAUCUCUUACAAGAGACAUUUUCUAGCAUGUACUCAUCAGUCAAGGGUGCAAAAGUUGUUACUGAUAGGAACACUGGACGUUCCAAGGGUUAUGGAUUCGUUAAAUUUGGGGAUGAGGGUGAACAACAGCGGGCCAUGAACGAAAUGAAUGGUGUUCUCUGUUCAACUAGGCCCAUGAGAAUUGGCCCUGCUGCUAAUAGAACACCAAUGACUACUGCUACUACUCAGAAAGCUUCCUUCCAGAAUAUUCAAGGAAAUCAGGGCGACAGUGACCCGAGUAACACCACAAUAUUUGUUGGUGGUCUAGACCCCAAUGUUACGGACGACCAUUUGAAGCAAGUCUUUUCCCCGUAUGGUGAACUGGUCCAUGUAAAAAUACCAUUAGGAAAGCGUUGUGGGUUUGUCCAGUUUGCUAAUCGGCCAUCUGCUGAACAAGCUCUAUCAAGCUUGAAUGGUACCCAAUUAGGUGGGCAAAGUAUUCGCCUUUCAUGGGGACGUAGUCCUUCAAACAGACAGUCGGAUCAGACCCAAUUGGGUGGUGGUUCAUAUUAUGGUUACACACAAGGGGGGUACGAAGCAUACGGUAGCUAUGCUCCACCUCAAGAUCCAAACAUGUACUAUGGAGGCGCAGGAUAUGCAAAUUAUCAACAGCCACAGCAGUGAUCUGCUGAGCGUAUGAAUUCUUGGAGCUGUGCGAAUUACCUUGGAUGUGUCCAUGUUUAGCUUCAUCGAUUUAUACAAACUGGUUGAUAAUUUUACUGAGUUUGGUUUCUGUACUAGACGAUACGUGUUCUUCCAUAUUACUGUGGAUUCUGUUUAUUUUUUCCAGUUUUAGCUUUCGAAGGUUUUUGAGUAUUGAAUUUUGAUUGCAUAUUACCUUGUGCACUUCAAGGUUGACCCUUAUACAAAACCGGGAAUGCUCCGUGGCUUCGGACGAUGGUUAUAGGGCUUGUUUGACGAGAGUUAAAAUUUCAAAAGUUGCUUCUGAU